AUGGAGGGUAAUCUUGAGACAAGGAUAUCUAGGGCCUUGGAGAAUGAGUUCAAACCUGCAGCCUUAGAGGUUAGGAACACUACUGCCAAUCAUGUGGCCCAUAGGAAGCCCGAAGAUGGAAAAGUUCUUGAAACACAUUUUUACGUCAGGGUGAAGUCUUCGGCAUUCAACGGAAUGGUAAACAGGCAUAGGCUUGUAUAUAAGGCACUUGAAUUUGCUUUUGAAAAAGGCCUUCAUGCAAUUGAGAUGGAUUGCGAUUCUGACGUCCAAGAGUGA